CGACUACAGUCUUUCAUAAACAGCUGCAGUGUUCUGCUCUGAAGCAAAACUGAAUCUCAUUCAGGCUGGAACAAAUAACAACAGCAAAAGAAAAUGGAGGAGGAUUUCUGAAAGUGCAGCUCAGACUGGAGAGAACAAGAGCAGUAAAAUAAAAUGGCUUCCAAGUUUUCAGAGGAGGAUUUCUCCUGUCCUGUGUGCUGUGAAAUCUUCAACAAUCCUGUUGUUCUGCACUGCAGUCACAGUGUGUGUAAAGUGUGUUUGCAGCAGUUCUGGGAGACCAAAGGAUCCAGAGAAUGUCCUGUUUGUAGGAGGAAGUCGUCUCUAGAAACCCCUCCCACAAACUUGGCCUUAAAGAACCUGUGUGAGACUUUCUUACAGGAGAGAAGUCAGAGAUCUUCAUCAGUGUCUGAAACAGUCUGCAGUUUGCACAGUGAGAAACUCAAACUCUUCUGUCUGGAUGAUCAACAGCCGGUGUGUUUGGUGUGUCAGACUUCAAGAAAACACACCAACCACAAAUUCUGCCCCACUGAUGAGAUAGUAACAGACUGUAAGGAGGAGCUCAAAACCAUACUACAGCCCCUACAGGAGAAACUGAAGAUCUUUAAAGACUGUAAACUGAACUGGAGUCAGACUGCAGAACACAUAAAGAUUCAGGCCCAACACACAGAGGGGCAGAUUAAGGAGGAGUUUGAGAAGCUUCAUCAGUUUCUACGAGAUGAAGAGGCAGCCAGGAUCACUGCACUGAGAGAGGAAGAGGAGCAGAAGAGUCAGAUGAUGAAGGAGAAGAUUGAGAAGCUGAGCAGAGACAUAUCAUCUCUUUCAGACACAAUCAGAGCCAUAGAAGAGGAGAUGAGAGCUGAUGAUGUCUCGUUCUUACAAAACUACAAGGCCACAGUGAAAAGAGCUCAGUGCACACUGCAGCAUCCAGAGGAGCUUUCAGGAGCACUGAUCCAUGUGGCAAAACAUCUGUCCAACCUGAGGUUCAGAGUCUGGGGGAAGAUGCAGGAUGCUGUCCAAUACACACCUGUAACUCUGGACCCAAACACUGCUCAUCCUAAACUCAUUGUAUCUGAUGAUCUGACCAGUGUGAGACUCAGUGCUGAGAAACAGGAGCUUCCUGAUAAUCCAGAGAGAUUUGAUGAAUAUGAAUGUAUCCUGGGCUCUGGGGGCUUUAACUCGGGGACACACUGCUGGGAUGUUGAAGUUGGAGACUGUACACAGUGGUCACUGGGUGUGAUGACAGAAUCUGCUCAGAGAAAGCGAGAUAUAUUCACCAGAAGUGGAAUCUGGUGUGUGUGGUAUAAGAGCAGUAAAUAUGCAGCAUGCUCUACACCACAUCCAUCCACUCGCCUCUCAGUAGCACCGAAACUCCAGAGGAUCAGAGUGCAGCUGGACUGGGACAGAGGAAAGCUUUCAUUCUCCGACCCUCUUGCUAAAACACACAUACACACGUUCAAACACACAUUUACAGAGAAAUUACUGCCGUUUUUAACUGAUAGACAUAAACUGACUUCUCUGAAGAUCCUCCCAAUUGACUGUUCUGUAAGUGUGAAUCAGUUAGAACCAGUUCAUAAAUAAAAUAUUAUAUGUUUAAGGUUAAUAAUAUUUAUUAUUUAUGAAAGCUUGUCUUUGUUUAGAUAUAUUCUUACAGUCCAGUUUGUUCUGUCGUGUCAACAAAUAUAUUUCAGUCUUGCACAGACCUAUAAUGUACACUGUAAAACAUUUUGUGUAUCUUCAACUUAAAAAGAUUACAUAACUGAUUUCAUCAUAUUUUUAAGUUAACUCAACUUCAUGGCUGAUUUGUUUGCUACAAUUGCAUUUUUUUUUUGACAUAACAGGAUCUAAAUCCUGACCAAACUUAAAGUGCUUUGUUCUAGCCAUUUAAAGUUCUCAGGCAUAACUUAUAAUUUUAGGUUGACAGAACUUGAUGAGUUAAGUCCUGGUAACUCAAAAUUUCAUGUUAGCUUUUUUAGCUAAAAAAAAAAACAUAUUGUAAUUAGUUAGUUAGAAUCAAAAACACACAACUGUAUUUUUAAUGAGGCAACUGCACAUCCUGCAUGCACUGAACUACAAUCAUUAAAACUACUCAAAGGCAUGUUGAAAAAAUAAUACUUUAUUAACAGUAACAAGUAAAAUAGGAGCAGUGUGUGCAAUGUAAGGCACUUACCUGUCUUCUUCAGUAAUCCCAUGUAACAACACACGUGUCAUGAUUUGAGUCAAUUCAUGAUUCUGGCUUCACGAUUUCAAUUCGAUUCUCAGAAUAUUUUGUUUGAAGAAAAAUUAUGACUGAAACCCUCUUUUUUAUUUCUGAAUCAUAAACAAUGCAAAACAAUGUGCAUUUUUGUCUGUAUAAAACUCAAUAAAUCAAAAAUUGCUACGAACAGAGGUUUAACAUUGUAAACAAAAUACACUAGA